CGAACCAAUUCGAUACUAAUCCAACGCAACGUGUUAGUAUUAUUGACUCGGUAUUUGCGAAGAAGAAUGCAAAUCGAGAGAUUCAGUCGCGAGUUGACAGUGAUCGCGUUGAAGAUGACGUCUAAUAAGACGACGGCUAUAUUGACGAUGACUAUAGUGACGACGACCACGAUGACCAUGAUGGCCAUCAUGUCGAUGACUGUGACGACGAUGGCGAUGAUGGCGGCGAUGGCGACGAUGGCGGGAAUGACGGUAUCCAUGGCGACUAUGACGACAAUGACGAUUACUAUGAUGACCACCAUGCUUGCGAUAACUAUGGUCGCCAUGACGACUAUAACGGCCACGACGUCUGUGAAGAUUAUCACUAGCAGAAUUAUGUACGAAGGAAAUGAACGACGCAAAAUCCGAACUAGCGGUCAGUGAGUCCGAGAAGGACGCCAUGAAGAGCCAGUACCAAAAAUCACUGGAUCGUCGAGAAACGGAGAAGAAGCAGUUAGAGUUUCAAGUAACG